ACAAAACAUCCACAGUGACAAGACAUCACAGAUCAGCUGCUUCUACAAGAAAAAGAUGGAAACACAUGGAUGUGAAGAUCCUUUAGUGCCUAAUAGUCCAGAGUCAGAGGUGAGGAUCGUGCUGCUUGGGAGGAUCGGAGAUGGGAGGAGUUCUUCAGGAAACACCAUCCUGAGCAAGACGACACCAUUCAAGUCAAAAGUCUCUUUAUUUGCUGUCACAGAGAAGUGCCAGAAGAAAACAGAGAGCAUUGGCGGACAAAAUGUGGUUGUCGUUGAUACUCCAGGUAUGUUUAACCCCAAGAAAAAGCAAGAGGAGGUGAUGAAAGAGAUCAAGAAAUCCAUCUCACUUGCUGAACCUGGUCCUCAUGUGUUCCUGAUUGUGCUGAAUGUGGAAGAUACAUUCACAGAGGAACUACAGAAUAUGGUGGAACUCAUUCGCAGUACUUUUGGCAAAAACACAAUGGCUUUCACUCUGGUCUUAUUCACCCAUGGAGACACACUGCAGAAAACGAUAGAAAAUGUUAUUCAUUCAGAUCCAAAUCUGCUGGACCUAAUCAUACAGUGCCAGUGGAAUUACCAUGUUUUUAACAACAAAGAGGAGAGUCGUGUUGAAGUCAGUGAUCAAGUCUUUAACAACAAAGAUGAGAGUUGUGUUGAAGUCAGUGAUCAAGUCAAGUCACUACUGCAGAAGAUCAACAGCAUGAUUCAGACAAGAGGAGGAGGCUACUACACAAAAGAUUUGCUUGAAGGGGCUGAAAAAGCCGUAAAAGAACAACAGGAACAACAACAGCAGCUUCAGCGAGGAGAUCUUCAUCAUGGCAGCAGACCGUGGCUCCUCCGCCUGUAGCUCUGUGUGGUGGGGGUGUACCUGGGUCCCGGUUCGGACCAUGACGGUGCACGUGUGAUUGUGGUGGUGGCAGUUGGGUGGUUUCGAUGUGUUGACAUGUUUUAAAAGUGUUUUACUAUUAAAACUCUUUUUAAACGAC